CAAGCGGAUUCCGCUAUCGGCCACGGUACUUUUGCUAUUGACUCACGUGAAUAUGUCCACCCUCUGUAGUCCGCACUUGCCAGAGAAUAUGUUUUACUCCUUAUCAAGUCUGGUGUAGCCGGACACCACGUCUUGAAUGGCAGUACCAAACAUGUCACUGAUCCGUUUCAAUUUACCUGUGAACGUAUGCAUCUUUUUGAUCAUCUCAUGUGUGGACUCCUGCUUUAUCCCAGGCUUCAUAUACUCAACAGUACCCCAGACCUUACCAGUGGGACAUGUUAUUUCUAAAAUGGACCACUGUGACACAAAGAAAUGGCAGUUUACCACAAAUGACCCCAAUUUCACAAUACAACCUGAUGGGACUAUAGUGACAGUUAUCAUCACCAUGGUACCAGCCAAUGGCAGGCAAUUCUCAGUGCUGUUUCAGGACCCCAGUGGUCAGAAGGGAGUAAUGAAGGUUUACCUUGGCCAAAAGUCUGGAAAAGUAUUAAAAGAUGGACCAUUAAAGCGCUUCAAAAGACGGUGGAGUCCUCUUCCCUUCAACAUAAUUGAAAACGAUGAUCCACCCUUUCCAAAGAAUGUUGAGCUGGUGAGAUCUGAUUCGUCUGCCAUUCGUCCUGUGUACUACACCAUCAGUGGACCUGGUGUGACAGAGGGUUUGUUCAGUGUUGACAAGGACACUGGCAUGCUGCUGGUCAACAGAGCUGUCGACCGUGAAAAGACCCCAGAGUUUGUAUUUCAAUUCAGAGUGUUUGACAUUGAAACCAACCAGGAAACAGAUGAGCCAUUACCUUUCACAGUGAAUGUAAUAGAUGUGAACGACAACGCGCCGACAUUCACGGGACCACUGCGGUUUACUGUGCUGGAGCAAAGCAAAGCCGGGACCGUGGUGGGGAUAGUGAAAGCCACAGACUUAGACCAGAGUGGCACGGACCACAGUAAGAUCAGGUACUCCCUCCUGUCUUGGAACGAUCUGUUUUUCAUCGACCCAGAGACUGGAGUCAUCGCCACCAAUACAGACCACCUUGACCGAGAGGCGAAAGAUACCUAUUUGGUGACAGUACAGAUCCAAGACAUGAAUGGUGCUGGGAAUGGCCUUUCCAACACUGCCACAGCCACCGUCGUGUUGGGAGAUAUCAAUGACAACCCUCCAACUUUCACUAAGUCCACGUACAGUGUCACAAUUAAGGAGAACCAAGAAGGGGGCCUGAUCCUCAGAAUCCCAGUUGAAGACAAGGACAUGGUGAACACACCAAACUGGAACUCUGAGUUUGUCAUCACUAAGGGAAAUGAAAACGGCAACGUUAGGAUCGAAUGUGAUCCCAAAACAAAUGACGGACUCAUUUACCAAACAAAGGCUGUAGACUAUGAGAAGACCAAGAACCUUAAGCUGGAGGUGAUGGCCCGAAACCAGGCUGAGCUAAAUGGGACCCUGUCCCGGUGGGAGUCCGUCCCUGUGGAUGUCUCAGUGGAAGACGUGGACGAGGGUCCGGAGUUCACUGCCCCCACCAUGUUCCUCAGCGUCAAGGAGAACACUCCUAACGACACCCUGAUUGGAACCUAUAUAGCUGUUGACCCAGAGACCAAGAGCAGCGCCGGAAUCAGUUAUUACAAGGUCUCAGACCCUGCUUCAUGGAUCAGUGUAGAUAAAAGCACCGGACAGCUGAAGAUCGCCAACACAGUCGAUAGAGAGUCCCGCUUUGUGACGAAUGGCAUGUACAACGUCCCUGUUAAAGCUGUGGAUUCCAGUCUCAAGACAGGUACAGGGACAGUGAUUAUUCUAGUGGAGGAUGUCAACGACCACGUCCCUGAUGUCCCCUCCAAACUGCUGCUGAUGUGUGAGGAGCAUGGGGGAGUGAUGGGUUCUGUGCUCGUCCUAGCGGAGGACAAGGACCAGUCUCCCUACUCUGCCCCUUUUAGCUUCAGUCUGGGAAAGGAGCAUGAUGGAAAAUGGGCUUUGAAUCCACUUAACGACACUGCUGUGAUAUUGAAGCAGGCUCAGGAGCUACGGACUGGCCUCUACCCUGUCUCCCUGAUCAUCAAGGACCUGCAGGGCUUUGGAAAGACCCAAACUGUGACGGUUAGGAUCUGCCACUGCAGGAAUGGAGCGUGUCUGCCCCAGUGGAGCUCCACUUCACUGGGGGCUCGGGCCAUUCUGGCCAUGAUGCUAGCUCUGGCCUUACUGCUGCUAUUCUGCAUCACAUUUUUCUGUGUGACUAAGAAUGAGAAAAUGGAGGUGGAGGCUAUUGGUGGCAUGCUUCUGGAGUCUAACAUUGAGGCCCCAGGGAAUGAUAAUUUAAAUCGCAUCUAUGUUCCGUCGUCUGGGCUUCACCAGUCAGUGAAGGGCUCUGUGGCUGGCGGGAGGUUGGAGGGAGUUAAGAAGGUUACAAUUGGAGGAGCGCUCGGCUCUCAACAGAACCUGCUCCAGCAGUCGGGAGGCGUCCUGCAGAAUGGCUUGUCUGGUCGAUACGUCCUGACUAGAGGAGGUCAAUAUGUGGGUAGACAAUGUGGCAGUGGAAUUUUAGACGACCACGUUUUCUUGAAGCUCAACAGUUCUCCCGCGUGGAGCACCUGGUUAACCACUGGGAAUUUUUUACAAGAGAAGCUGGCUUAUCUAGGGACAGUGGAGGAGAGGCAAUACUCAGAAGACAUCAUCCACCAGUAUGGCUAUGAGGGGGUGGGGUCUCCAGCUGGUUCAGUGGGCUGUUGCAGUGACCAAGGCAACCAGGAAGACUUGGACUUCCUAAACACACUGGGGCCAAAGUUCAAGACAUUAGCGGAGGUCUGCAAACAGUAAUGAACCAAGAGAGGGCCCUCUUUUGGUGAUAAUCUUCAGGACUUUCUGGAACCUAUUAAGAGGGUCUCCAUGCAACAGCGUUCAGUGUCAUCACGCUGAACUUAUCUCUUUGCUGGUUAUAGCUCGUUUGCACAGGAAUCUAGCUAUGUAUUUACAGUCAAGUCUCCUUUGCUGAAUUAAACAUCUGACACUUUUCCAACUAAGCUUUGAUUGAACCAAAAGGACAGCUUGUGUGUGUGUGUGUGUGUUGGCGUUGGUGUGGGGGCUUUGUGAGAGUCAUAACAUGAUUGAUUGAUUGAUUUAAGAGCAUGGUCAUAUGCUGCCAUUACUUAUUUUACAUGUUGUGCCUGUCACCAUGUUGCCUGUUUUAUUUUUGUAACAUUUUGGUAGUCUUUUUUUUUAAAGGGAGUAAUGCAAAAUAUACCUGUGGAGUCAUACACUUCGGUCACACACUUAGAUGUUUUGUAAACCCUGCAUUUGAAAUAGAAAGAUAAAAUGAUAUGAGUGAGCGAGUAAGCACGAUCGAAAGAGAGGACUAAGAGGAAUAGCUUAUAACUAUUAGGUAAUGUAUUGGUUAUCCUAGUUAAUGGUUAACAGGGCGGGGUUCUUUUACAGUGCACAUAAUCUGGUGUUGCACAAUAACUGUGACAUCAAAUGAUACUGUAACUAAGAACUGUAUCUAUUUACCCAUGUAGUAUUAAGCUCCACCUCCUGGCAACAGGGUGAUUGGGAAAAAAUAAAAAGGUACUCUCAAUCAUAGAUUACUGCAUUAAUGUUCUCGAGAAGGGCUUUGACUCAGUGUCACUUUGUACUAAGCAGCAGUGAUAAAUGAAGCCUGUAGUGAAAAUAAAAUAUUCAUUUGUAGAAGGGAUAGGUGAAUAAUGACAGGCGGGUAGGGCAUUCACAUGGUCGAUUCCAGUUUUGCUGUAACUUGAUGGAAUUUCCUGACCGUCACAGCCCAAGUGUAAUACACAUUUUAAACAGUGCUAAUAAAACAUGUUUUCCUCAUAAUAGGACUAUCUCUGUGAAUAACAAAACUGAUACAUAAACAAAAGUGUGGCCAUGGUGGAAGUGUUAAGAAUAGGAGAUUUGAGAUGAGAAUUUCUUAAUAUGAUUAAAAUAACUCUGAGGAUGUUGGAGAUUUAUAAUUAGAAGGUCCAGAUUGGAACAUCUGUCAAGCAGUUUUGGGUGAUGAAUAUCAAAGAUUGCAUUGGACAGUAAAAAAUGGAAUGGGAAUUUAUGUACAAAAAGUCCUCUACAAUGAUCAAACCAUGAAGUGUGUUAAAAAAUACAACAGUGUUAUCUGGUAAGAUUACAAUUACUGUCAUAAUUAUGUGAGGAUUACAGAAUAAAAAGGAGUCUUUCUUUCAUGUAAUGUAGCCUUGCUAGAAAGUUGUGAGUACAGCAGUCACAUCAAGGAUUUCUGUUCAAAUUCCCAAAGGAGCCAAUUAGUUAUGUCUUGAAAAGUUACUUGACUUUCUCGUGCUCUUUUUUUUAUCCAUAAAAAUUGACCAAUUCUUCUGCUUUUAGAAAUAAUAGAAAAUAACAGCUUAUAAUCACUUUAUUAAAAGGCAUUCUAAACAGAUUCACAAAUAACGUCACCAAAUAUCCACACAAUUUAAUGUUCACUGGUUACAUUGACUGUGCUGGGACAGUACAAUGAUUGGCCUAAUCAUUUAUUAAUAAACUGAUUGAAGAUUU